CUGGAGACUACUAGUUCGGCCCGUGUGAUACUGCCCAAGGUUGCGUUCAUUGCCCACGUAUGUAUCAUCUUGGGCUACCUCUUCCUUUCAGCCCCAGGGCCAAGAGAAGGUCCGGGCCGCUUUAAGAUCGCGCGUGGAAUGUAAGCUCUUCUCUUAAGCUUUGUGCCGAGGAAUCUCUCUCUCAAGCACCAACUUCAAGCUUCUAGUUACCUCCUCCUUGGCUCCUCCCACUGGCAAUUAUCCUUUUCCCAACGAAGUGGAGGUUGACACAUCAGCAACGAUUUAGACUCCUAGUCUUCUGGAUGGCCAACAGCGGCGUGCUCUGUUAUUACCAUAAACGUUAUUUCAUCCGAUACAUGCAAGAAAUAGCAUGGUUCUUCUACGCGUUAGCAUACAUCUCGCACAACCUUAUCGGCCCCGGCGGAGGCGCCAUAACAGAUCCUGGCGGCGCCCUCAUAGUCUGUUUCACCAUAGCGACUCUCGUUCCUGCCCUGCUGCUGAGGCUGUGGCGCAUGAUGGGUCUUCUGUUGCAUGGUUUGAGACGAUGAAAAGUGGCUUGUAACAGGUGAAGGGAUAAAAAGGGCAGCGAUCGCAACCUCGUUUAGAAGACUUGGGCAACAUGACCAAGUAUAUGCAAAAGCAGGAACCAGUUAUAAGAUACCAAAUACGCCGAGAACAAAAUACAAAAAGCUCAGCAGCCAGUUUGCUGGCUGGUUACGAAAGUCCUCACGCGGGUUUUGGUUCAUCUGUUGCCUGGCUCUUUUCCCCAUGACGACGUUGGGUUUGUUUGUUCUCCGGUUCAGAGAUUCUCAGUCCAGAGUUGGGCGUACCUUUUUGUCCCGCUCCAGCUCAGAGUCGAACUAGCGACUUGCUAAGUUGCUCGCAUGGUUCCUUCUGGCUCCCAUUUUUGGGUCUGUCUUGUUCCCACGCUAGUCCAUUG